AUGUGCUACGGGCCGGACCCCGGCGACCCGCGACUGCUGAAGAACGUUUCACAAUGGCUGACGAGCUUCUAUCAGCCCGCUGAGGCUAUCACCGAGGAUCGUAUCUGCAUUACUGGCGGUGCCUCGCAGAACAUGGCUUGUUUGCUUCAAGUGUUCUCCGAUCCAGGCUUUACGCGGAAUGUUUGGAUCGUGGCCCCGGCGUACAUGCUGUCGUUCCGCAUCUUCGAGGACGCUGGUUUCCAGAAGAAACUUCGUGCCGUCCCAGAGGACGACGAAGGUAUUGAUAUUGAGUAUCUGCGUCAAGAGAUUAAGAAAAGCGAAGACCAAGCUAAAGCGAAUGAUGAUGUCUACGAUUUCCUGCAAUGGCCAUCGAGUCUUACCUCUCCGUCAAUGUCGCUGGAAAAGGCGGUCAUGCCUCGCAUAGUCGAUAUCGACCGUUACCUUGAUGGCGGCGCUGAGAGGAAAGGCGCGGAUGGAUUUGGGAAUGCGGUGUCGAAUGGAAGCUUUUCUAAGAUAUGUGGCCCCGGUCUGCGAACAGGCUGGUGCGAGGGAACGACGAAACUGGCAUAUGGAGUGUCGCAGACAGGCUCAAGUCGAUCGGGUGGCGCCCCUAGUCAGCUGACAGCCUGCUUUGUGGCCGAAACACUCGAGACCGGAGAGCUUCAGCGCUUCGUAUACUACACACUGCAACCGACGUAUUGCAAGAGGUAUCGGAAGAUGAUCGAGAUCAUCAACAAAGAUCUAAUCCCACUCGGUGUCCGCUUGCCGCAGACUGACAGAAACGUCGUCGGCGGCUACUUCAUCUGGUUGACGCUACCAGAUUCGGUCGACGGCGCAGCACUCGCACAACGCGCAAAGGACGAAGAAAACGUUGUGGUUGCACAGGGCGAUAUUUUUGAAGUUCCUGGAGACACGGCUCAUCCUGGCACAUCAUUCAGGAACGACAUAAGACUAUGUUUCGCUUGGGAAGACGAAGACAUGCUCGCGGAGGGCAUAUCGCGCCUAGGCGCAGUUAUUAGCAAGAUGCAAGACGAAAGUUACGAGCAUGUUUCCAAACCGGUGGCAACUGAAGCGAAAGACUAUUGGUAGGCCUGCAAUUAUCACGGCUCGGAGUCCAGAGGUCGAAACACGCAGCCUCAUAUGCCAGGCAAUGCCAUGCUUACAAUCGCCACAAAGGGAGAUGUCCGCACUCACGUGCAAACAACCAAGCUUCCCUUGAUCGGCUCCUGAGCAUUCUCAACAAGGGUAAUCUGCCGCAGGGCUAGAACAAACGAAUCGUCUCUUCGCAGCCCAA